AUGGGGCCGUGCGGGGCCCUGGGCCUGGGGCUGCUGCUGCUCGGCGCCGUGCGCGGGGCGGCGGGCGAGCCACACUCCCUGCGGUACUACCACACCACGAUGGACGAUCCCGGCCCCGGGCUGCCCUGGUUCGUGGAAGUGGGGUACGUGGACGGCGAGAUCUUCGUGCACUAUGACAGCACCGCGCGGAGGUACGUGCCCCGCACCGAGUGGGUGAAGGCAGCUGGAGCUGUGGAUCCCGGGUACUGGGAGAGGAACACACAGAUCGCACAGAGCAAUGAGCGGGUUUACCGUGUGGGCCUGAACACACUGCAAGAACGCUUCAACCAGAGCGGCGGGUCUAACACAGUGCAGCGGAUGUGCGGUUGUGACAUUCUUGAGGACGGCACCACCCGGGGGUAUCAUCAGUAUGCCUAUGAUGGGAGAGACUUUAUUGCCUUCGACAAAGACACGAGGACGUUCAGUGCGGCAGUUCCAGAGGCAGUUCCCACCAAGAGGAAAUGGGAGGUUGAUGAGAGCGUUUCUGAGGGGUUGAAGCAUUACCUGGAGGAAACCUGUGUGCAGUGGCUGCGGAGAUACGUGGAGCACGGGAAGGCAGAGCUGGGCAGGAGAGAGCGGCCCGAGGUGCGAGUGCAGGGGAAGGAGGCCGACGGGGUGCUGACCUUGUCCUGCCGCGCUCACGGCUUCUACCCGCGGCCCAUUGCCGUCGAGUGGAUGAAGGACGGCGCGGCGCAGCACCAGGACACCCACACGGGGGGCGUAGUGCCCAACAGCGAUGGCACCUACCACACCUGGGUCACCAUCGAUGUGCGGCCAGAGGACAGGGACAAGUACCAGUGCCGCGUGCAGCAUGCCAGCCUGCAGCAGCCCGGCCUCUACUCGUGGGAGCCGUCAGAGUCCAACCUGGUCCCCAUCGUGGUGGGGCUGAUUGUUGCCAUUGUGGCCAUCGUGGCUGGUGUUGGAUUCGCCAUCUACAGAAGCCAUGCAGGGAAGAAAGAGAAGGGCUACAGCAUUGCUUCUGCAAAGGAUGGUGGAUCCAAUGGCUCAGACACAGGUGCGGUGUGGGGCUGGGGGUUGGAAGGGGUCCCUGUGCUCUCUGUGGUUCUGACCCAGGGCUGGGCUGUGCUGGGGUUCUGCAGGGAGACCCCCGGAACAGAGGGUUGGGAUGGGAAUGCAGUCCCAUGGGACACCAUCUCUUCUCAUCCCUACAGGGAGUGA